AUGCUGCCUGUUCCUCCAGGUGCUGGCCAGAACCCUGUCCGGCAGGCAAGUGUCGCUGCGGGAAUCCCAUACUCUGUACCUGCCUGGAGCUGCCAGAUGAUCUGUGGGUCCGGUUUGAAAGCUGUAGUUCUGGCUGCUCAGUCCAUCCUGACGGGAGACUCCAGCAUCGUGGUCGCAGGAGGCAUGGAAAGUAUGAGCAAGGCUCCUCAUGUCAUUCACAUGCGAGGUGGGGUGAAAAUGGGAGAGGCUUCUUUGCAGGACACUAUAAUCCUGGAUGGCCUUACAGAUGCUUUUUAUCAGUAUCAUAUGGGUAUAACAGCUGAAAAUGUGGCCAGUCAGUGGCAAGUCAGCAGAGGGGAACAAGACCAGCUCGCUGUAGAGUCACAAAACAGGGCAGAGGCAGCACAGAAAGCUGGCUAUUUUACAAAAGAAAUUGUUCCUGUUCUUGUACCUUCUAAAAAAGGUCCUAUAGAAGUUAAAACAGAUGAACACCCUCGACAUGGGAGCAACUUGGAAACAGUGGCAAAGUUAAAGCCCUGCUUCCUGACAGACGGAACUGGGACAGUGACAGCAGCUAACGCUUCAGGUGUGAACGAUGGUGCUGCAGCUGUAAUUGUAAUGAAGAAAUCAGAAGCUGCUAGGAGAGGUCUUACGCCUUUGGCUCAGAUUGUAUCUUGGGCUCAGACAGGUAUAGAUCCAUCUAUAAUGGGAGUAGGGCCCAUUUCCGCAAUAAGGCAAGCUAUUGCCAAAGCCAACUGGACUCUGGACCAAGUUGACCUGUUUGAAAUUAAUGAAGCCUUUGCAUCGCUAUCUCUUGCAAUAGCAAAAGAACUGAAAGUAAAUCUAGAAAAGAUAAAUAUCCAUGGUGGGGCUAUCGCUCUUGGCCACCCUCUUGGCGCCUCUGGUUGCCGCAUCCUUGUUACUCUUCUACAUGCCCUGGAACGAACAGGUGGAAAACGUGGUGUUGCUGCUCUCUGUAUAGGAGGAGGAAUGGGAAUAGCCAUGUGCAUUGAGAAAUGAAUGUGAAUGAAGGGCUAGUGCUAACUAGCUUUCAAACAGCUUACUAAUAAACUUCUCAU